GUACCGAGCGCAGCGCUAACCACACUGUGCCGUACAUUCCGCCCGCGUAGAAGCUCCAAAAAUAUGCAAAAAUAUGAGAAACUCGAAAAAAUAGGAGAAGGCACAUAUGGCACCGUGUUCAAGGCGAAAAAUCGCGAGACCCACGAGAUAGUCGCGCUCAAGAGGGUCCGGCUGGACGACGACGAUGAAGGUGUUCCCUCAUCGGCGCUCAGAGAGAUAUGCCUGCUCAAGGAGCUGAAGCAUAAAAACAUUGUUCGCCUGUACGAUGUGCUUCACAGCGACAAGAAGCUCACUUUAGUCUUCGAACAUUGUGAUCAGGACCUCAAGAAGUAUUUUGAUAGCCUUAAUGGUGUUAUCGACUUGGAUGUCGUCAAAUCAUUCCUAUAUCAAUUACUCAGAGGACUGGCAUUUUGCCAUAGUAGAAAUGUCCUUCAUAGGGAUCUCAAACCUCAGAACCUGCUCAUCAACGAGAAUGGUGAGCUAAAACUGGCAGAUUUUGGAUUAGCGAGAGCAUUCGGUAUACCAGUAAAAUGUUAUUCGGCAGAAGUUGUGACACUCUGGUACCGUCCACCCGAUGUUCUGUUUGGAGCCAAACUUUAUACCACUUCCAUUGAUAUGUGGAGCGCAGGCUGCAUAUUCGCAGAGUUGGCCAAUGCUGGCAGACCAUUGUUUCCAGGCUCGGAUGUGGAUGAUCAAUUGAAGAGAAUAUUCAAAAUGUUAGGUACACCUACAGAAGAGACCUGGCCUGAUAUAUCUACUCUUCCAGAUUAUAGACCUUUUCCACAGUAUCAUCCUACCCAAGGAUUAGCUCAAGUCACACCCAAACUCACUGCUAGAGGAAAAGAUUUACUUGCGAGAUUAUUAGUCUGUAACCCAGCACUUCGGUUAUCAGCUGAGGAAGCAAUGGCUCAUCCUUACUUCAACGACCUCAAUCCUGCCAUCAGAAAUGACAGAUGCCAAUAACAUUUUCCGGCUGUAGAUUAGCGCGGCUGAUAGUUAAGCGGCGCAAGACCAAAAUACGCGUGGUAAAAAUUAUUUUUACAUAAAUACAUAAAUCUAUUGUUGAGCGCUAAAUUUAUAUAAAAACUUUGACGAUAAAACAGUAAAUCAUUGAUUUCAUGAUUGCAAACAAUGUGGGGCAUCGAAAAAUGAUACGCCCUACUAAUCGAUAACGUUCUAAACAAUCCUAUUCACGUAAAUGCGGCAUAGACACGGACUACUUGAUCAAGAAAAAUUAUUUCUUUAUAUAGAUGCAAUAAACUGUUAUAAAAAUUAAUACAAAAUAAUUUUUCAAUAAAUUAAGUUUCGAAAUCACAAAUUCGAUAUCAUACAAAGUUAUUUCAAGCAAAUCGCAUUGCAAGAUUAGCACGACUUGUGUGUAGCGUGUGUACAAAUAUCUCGUUAAACUCGAUCAAUUUGUAAAUUUUUUAAUUGAUUUUGUAAUUGUCGCAUCUUUAUUUUACAUCGCGUCGAAAUGGAAUCUAUGUGCCUCUUGCAACUUUUCAAUCUUAUCUUCUCGUCUUUCCUUCCAGUACAGAGCGGCGAUAAUCGCAGUGAUCAGUCCGCAGGUUCCCGUCAACGCGGCGGCGCUCAGCAGGAUUAGUUUACUGGGCGUGACAAAAAGCUGCGCCUUCCAUCUCGAGGGAUCCUCCGGGGGAUUCGGUAUGACUACCAUCUGGGAGUUCGGAAUAAUUUGUGGCCAUUCCCGAGAUCUGUUUGACAGCUGAUGAUUCCAAAAGAAAUACAGAAGAUUAAGCAAUCGUUCGUCGAUUUUCCUGGUUAGAAUAUUAAAUUGAACCCAAGACAAUACGCGCUGAUAUCGUUAUAUUCACCUAAUGAUACGGUAAAGAUAUACUAUGUAACAUUCGUUUCGUCUCAAUAGCGUCGACUAUUUAACUCAAAUCAACGCUCAAUGGUUACAACAACUCUUUUCCUUAAAUAUAUUCAAUUAAAUUUUCUAUCCAGGAUUGUGUGUCCGUGUGUAUGUGUUCAGUGAUUUGUGCUGUCAACCAAAGACAAUACUUUUUUUUGAAGGAGUAGAAAUCGAUUUGGUCACAAGCUCGAAAGCUUGAAAAUUACUCAUAACAGAAUGCCAAAAACAAAUCUUAAUGUUUAAGAUAUUUGUACGAUUUUACAUGUUUGAUAAAUCAAAAGCUGCGAAAGGAUAUAAUGGAUUAGAUGUGUAGAAAGUUUUCAGAUUAUUUAGACCAAGGAUAAUUUCUUUCCCUUCAAGUUAAUGUUUUUAAAAUUAAAUUUUAUUCAAUUAUUGUGCAUUUAAAUUUCUAAUCAUCAAAAAUUAUAUGUAAAAUAUUUUCGAAUACUUUAUGUCUCUCUACAAACUCUUUGACAAUGACUCUUUCAGAAAUGUCAGUAUUUGUAAUUAAACUAUCUCAUAAGAUUAAAUAAAUAUAAGAAUUGUAUAUGAAAA